GAAAGGUCGGCAAUCUUUUAGUCGUUCGUCGGUAGUGAUUGCGCGCGGCAAGUAAGGUCGACGAUGACCUUCGAGGACUUUUGUGGUGGUCCCUUCUGGGACGACGAGUUCGUGUGGGAUGUGGACAAUCCUAACCUGACGUUCUGCUUCCAGCGCGUCAUCCUCCAGUGGGUACCGUGUUUGUUUUUGUUCGUGUUCUCGAUCUACGAUAUAUUCAAGAUUACUGAGAGCAAAUACCGGGACAUACCAUGGAAUUGGUACAAUCUGUCGAAGAUGCUAGUGAUAUUCUUGCUGAUGUGCAUGUGCUGGAUCGAUCUCGGCAUGGUGGUUGGGUAUCAGGAUGAGCAAGGCCUGUACGAUGUGCAGAUCCUGACGGCCGUGUUCAAUGCGUUGGCUUAUAUCGACUUACUUGUGUUGCUGUUUUUCAUGCGCAAGUACGGUGUGCGUACGUCCGGCACAAUGUUCAUGUUCUGGUUCUUGCGUAUGUUCUUCGGCAUCAUACAACUGCGCACCGAGGUGAUGGAGAACGAUAAGCGACCGAACGCGAUCGGUUCCGGCGAUACGGUAGACUUUUGGGAGUAUCAAUACGUGAGCUACAUCCUCCAGUACUCGCUGAUCUGUUUGAUGCUCGUGCUGGAGCUGUUCCCCGAUAAGGAACCCUCCUUCAGCUACUAUCCGAAGGCCGCCAAACCGAACCCUGAACUACGGUCAAGUUUCUUCAGCAAACUAUUGUUUCUUCAUUUUGAUGCGUUCGCAUGGAAAGGCUUCCGUAACCCGCUCACGAUGAACGACAUGUACGACAUCAACCCACAAGAUUCGGCACGUGAGCUUGUGCCACCGUUCGACAAAUAUUGGAAGAUUAGCGUGGAAAAAGGUCGCAAACAGCAGAUGGCAUCGGACCGGAAGGCCGGAAAGCCGGACAUCGAUUACAAACCUCACUCACCCUCGAACGGGUCCAUCCUGUACACGAUGAUUCGCGCUUAUGGUGGACCGUUUUGGUUCGCCGGAAUGCUACAGCUGGCAAUAUCGGGCCUCCAGUUCGCAUCCCCUUAUCUGAUGCAAGAACUAAUGGCAGUUAUCGCAUUCGAUGGGCCACUGUGGAAAGGGUUUUUGUUGACUUUCGGAUUAUUUGGCGCAUCGCUGCUGCUGGGACUGUUCAAUGGGCAGUAUCUGUUCUACACCUUUCUCAGCGGCUUUCGCAUCCGUACCGGGCUGAUUAGUGCGAUCUAUCGGAAGGCGUUGCGAAUUUCCAGUGCCGCCAAAAAGGACACCACGGUUGGGGAGAUCGUAAAUCUGAUGGCGGUGGAUGCGCAGAAGUUCUUCGAGUUGACGUCCUACCUGCACAUCUUGUGGUCGGCUUUGCUGAUCAUUGGGCUGUGUGUGUUUCUGCUGUAUGAUAUUCUAGGACCGGCUGUGUUUGCUGGACUGGGUGUGAUGAUACUGAUGACGCCGGUCUCUGGUGUGGUGGCAGCCAAGCUCAAGACACAUCAGGUAGCGCAAAUGAAGCUGAAGGAUGAGCGGGUGAAGAAGAUGAAUGAGAUUCUCGGAGGCAUUAAGGUGUUGAAGCUGUAUGCGUGGGAACCAAGCUUCCAGGAUUCCAUUUUAAAUGUGCGCGAUGAAGAAGUGGGCAUACUGAAGCGCAUGGCUUACUAUGGUGCUGGAAUCUUUUUCACCUUUACGAUCGCGCCCUUCCUGGUGACGCUUGUGUCGUUUGCUGUGUACGUGCUGAUCGACGAGAACAAUGUGUUGGACCCACAGACAGCGUUCGUAUCGUUGGCGCUGUUCAAUAUAAUGAGGUUUCCUCUGGGAAUGUUCCCCAUGGUGGUUACGUUCUCGAUGCAAGCUUGGGUGUCCAUCAAGCGUAUCGACAAGUUCCUGAAUAGUGCUGAACUGGAUCCAAACAACGUAACACAUAACAAAAGCGAUGAAGCACUCACCAUCAAGGACGGGACGUUCUCGUGGGGCGAUGAGACGCCAACGCUCAAGAACAUCAAUCUUUCUUUGCGAAAGGGACAGCUGUCUGCAAUCGUUGGUACGGUCGGUACGGGCAAGAGCUCGCUUAUAUCGGCCCUGCUGGGCGAGAUGGAGAAGAUCAGCGGUCAUGUGAAUACGGAUGGUUCGAUCGCGUACGUUCCUCAGCAAGCGUGGAUCCAGAAUGCAACGCUGCGUGAUAAUAUUUUGUUCGGAAAGGCAUUUGAUCAACGAAAGUACGAUAAUGUGAUCGAUUGUUGUGCCUUGAGACCUGAUUUGGAGAUGUUGCCCGGUGGAGACUCGACGGAAAUUGGUGAGAAGGGCAUCAAUUUGUCUGGAGGACAGAAACAACGAGUGGCGUUGGCGCGAGCAGUAUAUGCCGAUGCAGAAGUGUACCUGUUUGACGAUCCCCUGAGUGCUGUGGACGCUCAUGUAGGCAAGCACAUCUUCGAGAAGGUGAUUGGUCCAUCAGGAAUGCUUGUGGGAAAGUCACGAUUGCUAGUUACCCAUGGCAUAUCAUUCCUUCCGUUUGUGGAGAACAUAUUGGUGCUAAAAGAUGGGGAGAUCUCGGAGAGUGGAACUUAUCAGGAACUUAUCGACCAGAAGGGUGCUUUUGCGGAGUUCUUAAGUCAACACAUUCAAGAACUUGAUGAUGAAGACGAAGAAAUAUCUUUGAUACAAGAAACACUCAACGAUGGCGUUGUGAACAAUGUUAUCCAGCGAGCUCUUUCAGUUCGGUCAAACCAAUCGAACGGAAGCGACGGAAGCACACGCAAAAAGCCAAUCAGUCGUCAGGUGUCAAAGCAAAGCGUCCAUAGCAAAACUGUGACCACUGUUCCAGGUAGAGCCAACUUGAUCGGCGUGGAAGAGUCAGCAACAGGAGCCGUUACGUGGUUGGUGUACAAGAAGUACAUACAAUCGAUUGGAUUUAAGUUUGGCUUUGGUUCGGUGCUGUUCACCGCGAUCAAUCAAGGCAGUGGUAUCUUCUCCAACCUGUGGCUCACCGAUUGGUCCGAAGAUCCAGAUGCCGCAACUGAUCCAUCGGUUCGGGAUAAGUAUCUCGGUGUGUACGGUGCCCUGGGAGGAGCACAAUCGAUCGCACUGUUUGUAGCCGCCCUACUGAUCUCACUCGGGUGUCUUAAAGCGGCCAAAGAAUCGCACAACAAACUGCUCGAAAGUUGCCUUCGUAUGCCGAUGUCGUUCUUUGACACAACGCCCUUGGGGCGAAUUAUUAACCGCUUCUCGAAAGAUGUCGACGUGGUUGACAAUGUGUUACCGGUGACCAUUAGGGCUUGGUUGCUGUUUCUGUUUAAUGUGUUCGGCGUUUUCAUCGUGAUCGGAACGUCCACACCGAUCUUUCUCGCCGUUGUGCCGCCGCUGAUGGUGAUCUACUACUUCGUGCAGCGGUUCUACAUCGAUACUUCGCGGCAAUUAAAGCGAUUGGAAUCUGUGACGCGUAGUCCGAUCUAUUCACACUUCGGGGAGAGUAUCGGUGGACAGUCGACGAUUCGAGCAUAUGGACAGCAGGAUCGGUUUACACAGGAAUCAGAGCGACGGGUGGACUACAAUCAGCUCGUAUCGUAUCCGACGAUCGUUGCCAAUCGAUGGCUUGCAGUGCGCCUUGAGUUGAUUGGAAGUUGUGUCAUCUUGUUUGCGGCCCUGUUUGCCAUCCUGGCUCGGGAUACUAUUGGCCAGGCGACGGUGGGAGUUUCGAUUAGCUAUGCACUACAGAUAUCCCAUUAUCUCAGUUUUCUUGUGCGCAUGACUUCAGAAGUGGAGACGAAUAUCGUAGCUGUUGAACGAUUGGAAGAGUACACGGUUCUUCCACGAGAGGCUGAGUGGCAGAAGGGUACUUUGGAUAAGGCAUGGCCGGCGGAAGGAAAGGUUGAGUUCAAGGACUAUCAGAUUCGGUACCGCGAGGGACUUGAUCUGGUCAUUCGAGGCAUCUCGCUUAACGUUCGAGGAGGCGAGAAGAUCGGUAUCGUUGGACGUACCGGAGCAGGAAAGUCCAGUCUUACACUUGGUCUCUUCAGAAUUGUUGAAGCAGCCGGUGGACAAAUCAUCAUCGACGGACUCGACAUCUCCAAAAUGGGUCUGCACCAGUUGCGAGGACGACUGACCAUUAUUCCUCAAGAUCCGGUGUUGUUCUCCGGUACUCUCCGAGCAAAUGUGGAUCCUUUCAAGAGCUACAGCGAUGAUCAAGUGUGGAAGGCUCUUGAACUUUCUCAUCUGAAGACGUUUGUGAAGGGAUUGUCUGCGGGACUAGAUCAUGAGAUUGCGGAGAACGGAGAGAACCUCUCGGUCGGUCAAAGGCAGCUAAUCUGCUUGGCACGUGCAGUGCUACGCAAAACAAAGGUGUUGAUUCUGGAUGAGGCUACAGCGGCGGUGGAUCUGGAAACGGAUGACUUGAUUCAGAAAACAAUCCGUACGGAGUUCGCUGACUGUACGAUCCUCACGAUCGCUCAUCGCUUGAACACGAUCCUCGACUCAGAUCGCGUGCUGGUGCUCGACAAGGGACUGGUAGCGGAGUGUGACUCACCACAGAACCUGCUCGCGAACCGGGAAUCGAUCUUCUAUGGAAUGGCGAAGAACGCUGGAAUCGUUUCGUAGAAUACUUGUAAAUGAUAUUGAAUAGUAUUAUGUAGUUUAAUUAGAAUACAGAUCAAAUAAAGUUCAACAAGCUAGUCGUUUGUGA